CCAGCUAUGCCGGCGGGAAGUUCGAGUCCACUUGAUGAAGUGAUCAACGGCAAGAUACCAUUCUUCCGCCUGGACAGCCUCAACGGUGCCGUCUUGUCCGGCCAACCUUCAAGCUACAGCUGCUUCGCGGCCACGCAUUCGCCGAGCAGCGUUCGCUGGGAGGUGAACGGUUCCCAGGCGUUCGACAGGCAGCAAUUUGAGUUCUUCUACAGUCCGAUGGCCACCACUGGCCCCGAAUCCAAAAGUGUAUUCGCCCGGUACAGUACGCUCACCAUCAGGAAGACGGUGUUGCGCAAGUGCGUGGCGCUUCGGGAGCACAAUUCGCCUUGCAUGCUGGGAUAUCCCUGCGCCCUGGUGGUGGACAAGUGCGACGGCCGAUGCCGCUGCCGCGCACCCUUCCAGCAGGACGCAGCUGGCUGCCGCGUGAACACGUCGCUGAAUAGCGGCUGCGACCAGCACCGCCUGUGCCCCGAGGGGGCGCACUGUGUGAACAACGUGUGCGCUUGCAGGCCGGGAUACGUUCCCUGGGGCUUCGGCUGCUUGCGGAGGUUCCUGUCGGGCGAUGGCAUGCACAAGGUUCACGCGGUCAUCCGGUUCACGCUGACUGCCGUGUUCACCGUUGCCAUGGUAUUGCUCGGUGUCUGGCUCUACCACCACUCGCACAGCCCGUCGCUCAUGCGAGAGCGCUCUGUAGCAAACUGGGAGUACAUGCCCAAGAUGGAUCAGACAUAACGCGG